AAAGAUUAUCCUUUAGAGAUAAAUAGUUGAUCUAGUUACUAAUAUGAGACCAGUAAGCUGAAAUCCUUCCGAGUCUUCUUAUAAAAAAAAUCUCAAUCUCAACGCUUCAAAAAAGAAAAAAAGAAAGAAAAAACCUCUGGAAAAGGAAUCAAAAUCCAAAACAAUGUACUCUUCAUAUUCUCUAUCAAAACGCCUCAUUUAUGUCCCUAUCCUGGCCAUCCAAUUCCUCCUCGUACGCAGCGUUUCAUCACUAAACCUUACCAAUGAGUAUCUUAACCACAAAUGCUUCGUCAGUGAAGGGAAAUAUAAGCAUGGUGAUAAGUACGAGAAUAACCUCAACGUUCUCAACAAGAAUGUCCUUUCUUAUGAUCUUACUAGCGGUUUUCUACACGUUUCUCAUGGCGAGGGUCCUGAUUCCGUCACCAUCAUAUUACAAUGUCGUGGCGACUCCUUCGGGUCGAAUUGCCGCUCUUGCUAUACCACCGCCAUCGACGGGUUUCAUAGGAGAUGUCAGAGAAACAAAGGGGGAAUUAUAUGGUACGACCAAUGUUUUCUUGUUAUUUCUACGAUCAAACCCCAACUCCCAAGGAAGAUUGAUUUCAAAAACACUUUCUCAAUGCACAACCCAAACAACGUGAGCAGUGAACCAGGAUCGUUUGACAAGAUGACAAGGGAUUUCCUCUACAAGCUGGUGCAGAAAGCCUCUUAUCCAACCGUGGUCGAACACCAGUCUACAUAUUAUGCUGCGGGGGAGAAAAAACUCGGGAAAAGGAAGCUGUAUGCAAUGAUGCAGUGUGCAUCGGACAUAUUGCAAUGUAAGGUUUGUUUGGAAUGGUGUAUCAGAGAGCUUCCCAAGUGUUGUGAUGGUAAACAAGGAGGGAGAAUUUUGGGUAUGAGUUGUAAUCUUAGGUAUGAGCUAUACCCUUUUCUUCGGCGUUAAAAGACCGUUUGAUGUUGAUACAUAACACAUUAACUUGACAACUUUCCCAAUUUUUUUUUUUUUUUUUUUUUUUUUUUGCUUUCUAAUUCUGUAUUUUUGGUAAAGUUUAUAAUUGUUGAUCUUUUCAUUUUCUCAAUGACUGCAAGUUAAUUAGUUGGCUCUUUGUAAACAUUUUAUGUCAGU